CGGCAAGCGCUUGUUAACGAUACAAGUAACCUGAGUUCAUUUGCCGUGGAUGUUGAUACUUCAAGUGAUCUAGAUACCGAAGCUUUGAUGGAAAAUUCGAUGGUGACCUCGUCAUCUCUAGCAUCCAAUACCCCAUCCACGCAAACUUCAAUUUCACAGAAUAAUCAACAAACUUACUUGAGCAAUAGCAUUAAUAGUCGUUACUCGCAGUCUCAACAACAUCAGGCUCAGGCUCAAACGCAACACCACCAAAUUCAACGUCAACAGCAACCACGACGUUACAACCCUCCGGUCUCAUCUCCGAAUACGUCAAUAAGCAGCAUCACUGACUCAACUGUUGGUCAUUCGUCGGUUACUCCCGUGAAUAUCAACAAACGUUCUUCGGUUGACACAAGUAAUGUCCAGGCGUCCUCUAGUCCUAAUGCCAUCAAGUCAUCUCCUCGAAUAACGAAACCCGUAACCCAAAAAUCUUCGAUACAGUCUGGUGUUCCGAAUCAACAGAACAUGCCGAAUCAACAGUUGCACCCGCAACAAACUCAAAUUCAACAACAGCAACAACAACAAACGCAAAUACAUCAACACAAUCAGCUGCAACAUCAACAGCAACAAUUACAUCAUCCUCAACCAAUGCAUCUUUCUCAGCAACAAUCCCAACAAUCUCAACAAAUGCAACAGAUGCAACAUUCACAAUCAAUGCAACAACAUCAUUCUCAGCAACAGCAACAACAACAACCGCCACAACAACCAUCCGAACCUCAGAUUCAACAGCAAAUACAACAACCGACUCAACAUCAGACACCUCCCAAGCCAAUGGGACGUAGUGUGUUGCCCGGAGGUGGCGUGAAUCAGCAACAGCCAUCAAGCUUUCCUCAGACCAAUGUGCCUGCUAUUUCAAAUCAACAGAAACACCCUAAAAAUGCUAAAGCAUCUGAUAUACCAUCCGGUCUCCCUCCACAAAAAGAACAUAAGCCGAAAAGACCAAUGAACGCAUUCAUUAUAUUUUCAAGUGAGCGCCGACCGGAAUUGCAGAAGAAUGAUCCCAACAUGCAGACCGCUCAAGUUAGUAAAAUUUUGGGCGAGGAAUGGAAAAACAUGGAUUCGACUCGAAAAGAGCAUUAUAACGAGAGGGCAAAACAACUUAAAGAAGAAUUUAAACAGUCAAAUCCCGAUUUUGUUUACACACGUCGCGGUGCCCCCAAUGCUUCAAAGAAGAGAAAUUCGACUUCUUCCACUUCAUCUGCCAAAUCACCAACCACCUCGAUAGCGGUUCCACCGCAGGCUACCAACGUAUCGAUGAAUCAACAACCGACAACACAACCCCAAAGACCUGCUCAACCGAUAGGCGCACCUCCUCCUGCGUCAACUUCCAGAAGGGACCGCAAGUUGAAGAGGCCCAUGAACGCAUUCCUAAUAUUUAACAAAGAGAUGCGACCCAAAGUUUUAGAAAUGAAUCCCAAUAUGACCGUCGCCGAGAUUUCCAAGACAAUAGGAGAAAAUUGGCGGGGAAUGUCAGAAGAAGAGAGAGAGCGAUACCUUCAAAGGGCUCGCGAUUUGAAAAAUGAAUUCCACGAGACCCAUCCGGACUUCGUUUAUACUCGCAGAUCAAAGGCUGAGCUUGCUGCUGCGGGUCAUCACAGUUAUUCGAAGAAACGCAGUUCCUCCAAUCGGGAUGAUUCCGAUACUGAUGAUGAGCAACGUGCUCAAAAUCCGAAUCAUCACCACGACGGAGCUUCGUCUAGUUCGCCAGUGAAGGAUCCUCGAGGUCGUAAGAAGAAACGAAGUCGACAUCCGACAGCACCCAAGCAUCCCAUGUCAGGUUUCUUGUUUUACGCUCUGGAAAUGAGACCACAUAUAGCCGAACAAAAUCCGGGGAGUACGGUCGGUCCAAUCAGUAAAAUUAUCGCAGGCCAUUGGAAGAAUUUGACGCCCGAGCAAAGAAAACCUUGGGAAAAGAAAGCCUCUGAUGAUAAAGCUCGAUACGCGAGGGAAAUGGAGACGUAUUUGCAAUCCCAAAAAGACGAUUAA